GUUGCUAUGUGUGGACGUUUCCUCUCGUAGUGCCUGGAGGAGCUCGACCUCAGUAUGAACCCGCUGGGUGACGGUGUGUCUGAGUCCCUGUCCUGCCUGCUGUCCUGCUGCCCCCUGUUAGCCAAGCUGUCCCUGCAGGCCUGUGGCCUCACUGCUCGCUUCCUACAGCAGCAUCGACUGCUGCUUGCCAGCGCCCUGACAGGCACGGGCCACCUGAAAUCAGUGUGUCUAUCCCACAAUGCACUGGGCUCCACUGGCUUUGAGCUGGUGUUGAAGACUCUGCCUCUGCACUCUCUCACACACCUGGACCUGUCUGCUGUCCGAAGGGAUCCAGCGGAUUACCUACCGCUGGAACACCUCACCAACAUCCUGUCACAGGACGAGUGUUCACUGACGCACCUGAGUCUGGCAGCAAACGGGUUGACAGACAGCAGCGUAGCCACAUUGGCCAGGUGCCUGCCUUCUUGUCUGACUCUGGUGAGUCUGAACCUAUCAGGAAACCCGUCUGUUACCUCGGCAGGACUUCACAACAUUCUGAUCUCUCUCAGAGAGGCGUGUCGACCUUUAACCCUUCUAAACCUUCAAGGCUGUCAGGUGUCUGGCCCUUGGGACAGUGCAGCUCUGGAUGGUUUGUCAGAGCGGGUCAAGGAUCUCCGUCUUUGCUCUCAGGGAGUCAACAAGUUGGACCGGCAGGCCUUAAAGCAGAGCUGGGACAACAGUCGGUCACAAGGACACUUUAUUGACCGAAAAAGCAAGUGCCUGCUCUCUGCUGUAGACUCCCUGUAAAGAGGGGAAAAAAUGAAACAUGCUUCAGAGAUGCAGAGAAAGUAGCUAACUUUUGUUUUUAUUAAACCACAAACCCACAACUUUUUUAAUAAGGGGUGCUACCUUUAAUUUUUUUUAAAGGUUUUGUUUAGUUAGCGGUAAUAGCUUGAGGUUGUGAACUGCACACAAGAAAGAAAUCACUGACAUUUCGUCCAUGGACAUUCUGUGUAAAUAGCUUAUAUGAUUCAUGUACUUUGUAAGCCUAUUUAUGUGUAUCUGUGAAAGUCGUAAGUGCAUAAAGGUUGUUUGUUGUGUUUGUGAUGUUUUCGUGUCAUGAUGCAAUUUUGUCCUGAACCCAUUGAAGUAUUAAAAAGACAAUUAAAAGGACUCAUGAUG